GACAGCGGAGGAUGACUUGAAAAUGAGAAACCCGAAUCCGCUCGCACAGUUCUGGAGUAGGGGCAUCUGCCACGCGGGGAUCUUGGACACUCCCGUCAUGACGUCAAGAAGCCAGACACUGGCGGCCGUUGCCACACUCAAGGAGAUAAACAGCCUGCUUGACAUUCCGAGACAGCGGGGGAACCCCUGUAUCACUGCGCUUACCGUACCAGAUCCGGAGCUCGACUGGAGUUUGGAGUAUGCGAUGAAUUUCAGAGACCUAGACUUCAACCCGCACCUGCUCAUAUCUUUGGGCCACUACCGGUUCGGCGACAACACGGUAAAGGACUGCGCCAUCAUGCCCCCGACACGGCACCCGUUCGACACUCCACCAGACGACAUCACCAAUAGCUACAACUAUGAUCUGGCCACUACAGUGUACAGCAUUCGAGAAUUCUAUCUAAAGACAAUGAACAUCAGAGGGCUCGUGUCCGUCACCAUGAAGGGUCGUUGGACUGUGCCCCUGUCCAGCGACAAAGUGGACUUUUUCUCACGCUGUUUAUCUGAUCCGACUGCCAAUUCCUUCGGCAGCUACACAGAGGUGUGCCCGAGGACCAGCUCAGAGCCAGGUGACAAAAACAGGACUCAGUUCACUUACUCGGACCAGCAUUGCGCCAUGAUCACGUAUAUCCCAAGCAUCAACCGCGCAUUCGUCUACGACAACGAGGAGGGAUUAGCUGUCAAGCUUUGCAGCGCAAAGUCCGACUACCCUGAGCUGAAAUUCGGCAUCGCCGCCUUCGACAUCGAGUACGACGACUACGAUAACAAGUGCGCUUCCCUGAACAUGUAUGGCCGGAACAGCCGCUUGAAGCAGCUGAAGAUGGUAGUGGACUAUUUCAGGGGCCAUAGUAACCACAAUUUUAAAGAAGAAGCUUGCAGAGUACUCUGGGAGUAAAACCAUCGCGGUAGACGUUGUGCUUUUGCAUUGCCGGCCGCUUGCCACAGCAAUCCGGUUAAAUACAAUACCCCUGGCUCCGUGGUUCCAAAUGUAGUAUAUUCUGCUGCGUAUAGUUCAAUACAACAAUACACCGAUAAUAAAUGGCUUCACGUCGAUGGUAUAAAACAUCAUUGCCCAAAUCUAUUCGGUGAAAAUGAGCAAGGCGGAUAAAUGUUUACGAUAGGAAUAGCGCUAAGCUACAAAAGAAGCCCACACGGGUUUCUUGGAAUGAAAGCAUCGCAGUUAAAUAAAAACUCGUCCUUGUUCGUAGUUCAAACCCGGAGCCAACGUCACUUCUGGACACUUUUCUGUGGAAAUUUGCGCUUGUCCCAGACUCGACCCUUACGAAAAUGUCAGAUAUGGCCCUUAUAUGGUUUAUAUAUGCCAUAUUUGGACAUAUAAUGGCACAUAUAAGGUCAUAUGUUAUAUAUAGGUACAUUUAAGGACUUAUAUUACCGUAUAAGGAUACGAGUAAGGACAUAUAU